UGUUAUCGCAAAUAGAAUUGGUUCAAAAUUGGCAUUUAAUCUUGUUUCAUCACAAAAAUUCUCUAAUAACACUCUUUCUAUAAAAUAUGUUGAAAAUCUAAAUACUGCUAAAUAUUUUAUCUGAAAAGCUUUCACGUUCCCGCCAAACAAUCGUUCUGAGCAUGCGCGUUGGUCGGGAAUGUGACAGCGCCGCCAUUUUUCGAUCACUUUUAUUUGAUUCAUGGCCGGGUAAACAACGUUAUUUCAUUUUUUCGUCAAGUGCAUCCCCGUAGGCGCAAUGGGUUACUAGUGUAAACACGUUUCGCACACGCAAGUGUGCCAGUCCCUUAUAAAAUAUGCAGGCCAUCAUGGCGCUUCUUUUACUCGCCGUAUCCCUUUCGGCACAAUCACUAAACUUAAAUAGUCUUUCCUUUGCUGAUUUUGACCAAGGCAACCGUAGAGCCCACCAUGAAGUCUACGUUGCCAUGGAAGGAAGAGCCAGUGUCCCCUCUUUCAUGUGAGGAGGCAACUGAGCUCGACUGCUCAUUCUAUGAAACGUCACUGGAUUAUAUCAAAUUGGAAGAUGAAAAUUUCGAGACAUGCGAAUCCAAGGCCGAAUAUGCUUCCCAGGUAUUGGAGAAUCUGGAAAAAUUAGUGGAUCUAGAUGACCUCAUCAAAGACGAACCUUUCCUUCUCGAUGAGAAAAUGCUCCCGCUGCUGGACGAUGUGGAGCCACCCCGCGGCGCCGUCGCCGUGCCGGUGCCCCUCAAGUCCGAGUACUACAAGAGCCCCGAGGACAACACCUUCCUCCUCAACGAGCUGGAAAAGGUCUACUACGAACUGAACCACGGCACCCUAACGCCACCUCAGAGCCCGCCGGGUAACCAGCCCGUCACCGUGACCACGCUCGAACCGAUCCUGGGCAACCCCUUCCCCCAGAUCGUCACCAAGGAUGCCGCCGUCGUCUACUCCGUACCUGAGAAGCACGAGGGCGGUCUUGCUUUCGCUGUUGAUAUGAGUUACGCCUCUAUGCCCACGCCUCAACCGGACAUCGCACACGAACUGGCUGUUGUGGAUGAGUUGGUCCGUACCCGCGCCGAAGACAUCAUGCAAUGGAAUAGCAGCGGACCUUCUUCUCCCGAUAGCAGUUGUAACAGUAGUAACUUCGGGGAUUGCUCUUCUGACGACCCGGAAUGGAUGCCCGAGCCCGUUGAACACUACAGCACUUACGAAGAGCUGGUGCAGAAAACGCAAACGCGCAAAAGAAGGUCCAAUCCGUACUGCAACUCUCCCGACGACAAGAAGUCGCGUAAGAAGGAGCAGAACAAGAACGCUGCCACCAGAUACCGCAUGAAGAAGAAGGCCGAAGUUGAGGAGAUCCUUCACGAAGAGAAACAACUGUUGGAGUCGCACGGAGAAUUGAACACGAAGAUAACGGAUUUGCAGCGCGAAAUCAAGUACUUGAAGGGGCUGAUGCGCGACCUGCUCAAGGCUAAAGGCGUUAUCCAUUAGGAAAAAAACAACACAGCUUUAUUUUUGAUUAUUUUUUGUAGUGAAUUUUAAUCUCAAUUUAAUGUAUUUUGUUAUUUUUUGUUCGUUGAAUCCAGUUUACGUUUGAUAGAAUUGGUAGUCUUAAGGAAAGAUGUUUUAAGUUAAUUUUAAUUUGUAGGUUACAAGAGGGACGCGGGGGAUUCGGACCCGCAGCGUCCGGAUACUGCGCGUUUCUCGCUUUUUAUUUUCUUUUUUAUAUAAACCCUUAGAUUCGUUAAGAAAUGAUAUAUUAUCCACUUUUAUUAACACAAUGUCAUAAUAUGCAAUCAUAUACUAAUAAAUUUAGGUGGGAACAUAA